CCUUAUGUAAUUAUGAAGAUAGAAAACGAUGAGGUUAAAGUAGAAGAGGGUCCUCUUAUCUUACUUUUCAAUCGUCUUUCUGAAAAACUACAGUUUAAAUAUACAUUUGUACAUCCGAAAGAUAACGAAUGGGGUGUUGAAAUUAGUGAAGGAAAAUGGACUGGAGCUAUAGGGAUGCUACUUGAUAGAGAAGCCGAUUUGGCUCCGUUUUUAAUGAUUACGAAGAAAAGUAACGAAAUUAUAGAUUAUACCGAACAUAUCAGCAUUGGUAUGACAAGUAUUUUGAUACAAAAACCUACAGAACCUCCCAGAACUUUUAUCUUUCUUAGACCUUUUUCUGCUGAGGUUUGGUAUUGCAUACUCCUUUCUAUCCCUAUUUUGGCCACAAUUCUCUACUUUAUCAAUACUUUUAGCCCCUUCUAUCACGUUUCUAAUGUCAAACACGAUCGUGGAUUAUUUAAAUUCUAUAAUUGUUUUUGGUAUGUUUACGGAGCCAUUUUACAACAAGGAGGGAUAUAUUUACCAGAAGCUAUAUCUGCAAGAAUUGUCGUUAGCACAAUAUGGAUAUUCGUUAUUGUUAUAAUCGCUACUUAUAGUGGUAACCUCAUUGCAUUUUUGACAUUCCCAGAAGCUAGUUGGUUAAUACAGUCAUUAGAAGACUUAGUUGAUAAUUAUGCCUUGAAAAUACUAAUUAAAGAUGGAAGUGGCUUUCAUCAAGAAAUUUUGGAAUCUAAUACUACUAUAUUACAAAAAAUUAAACAUAGAAUGGAAAAUACGGAUACAAUACAAUUAAUAGAUAACAUAGGCGAAGGAAUCGAUUCAGUUAUAAAAGGAAGAUCAGCAUACAUCGAAGAGAAAUUCGUACUGGCUAACAUAAUUAAUCAGGAUUUCAAUGAUACAGGAAUGUGUAGGAUAGUCCUAGUGCCAAGACACUAUAAAGAAACAUUCCUUUCUAUUGGUCUUAGGCACGGUAGUCCUUUACUGGAACCAUUAAACAAAGAAAUAAGGAAUUUAUGGAAUAAUGGACUUAUCGAAUUUUGGAAUAAAAAGUAUUUCCUGACACGUGACGAAUGUUCUAUUGUUCGAACUACAUUAAUGGGUGGUAAACGAGGUGUUGCAUUGAAGGACUUGGGUGGUGCUUUUGCAUUAUAUUUUCUGGGAAUUAUAUUGGCAUUUUUAUUAUUAAUCAUUGAAUGGACAUAUAGAAAAUGUAAAAACAAUAGGAAAAAAUUACAGAAGGAUAUCUGUGUUCGUAUUAAUAUUUCUGAUAGAGAGAAUAAGUACUUUGUUAAAUAA